AUUAGAUGUCGCAAGCUCUUCAACUGUGUCACCGUAUGACCUUCGACUCAAUUGGACUUAAAUCCUUCCUUAAGUCCUUGCGGAACGCCAUUGAAACAUGUUCAGAAUACGAUAUAAUACCUCAUAUAGACGAAGGAGAUCAUAAAUCUUUGUCCGUUUGUGAUGAUGCAUUUGGGAUAUGUAAGUGCACAACAACUAUCGUAUUUGGUGAAUACGAAUCAAAUACAUCAGAACCUGUUUCUGACGAUUUGCUGAAUUAUCUUCUACUAGUAUCUCCUAACACAACAACAUUCUGGAACUUUAAGCGUAAAGCUCUAUUAAACAACGAACUAUCAGUCGAACCAGAACUAAGGUUCACUCAAUUGAUUCUAAACAAAUAUCCUCGCUCAUACGAGACUAUAUUUCACCGUCAAUGGAUUAUUCACCGUUACAAUUAUCUAAAUGAUCACAAAUUUCUAUUAUCUGAAUUGGAGUUAUGUGAUAAAUUUGCGGACAAAUAUCGUUGUAAUUAUGGUUUAUGGCAAUACCGUCGGUUUUUACUAUUACAUCAACAAAAUCCCGAGAUAUAUAAGAUAGAAUUGGAUAAUUUAAAUGUUUGGUUAGCAAAACACCCAACUGAUAUAAGUGGUUGGAGUUAUUUAGAAAGUGUCCUUGAUGGAUUAGUGAGUCAAUCUAUGGUUGUCGCAUUAUCUCCAAUGUUAGAUGAUCAAAAAUUACUAUUAGAAAACUCGACAAGGAUUAUUCAGAGUUAUUUUGAAAAAGUACAUGACAUUCUAGAACUUUAUCCUGAACGAGAAUGUGUAUGGAUGUUUAGAAGACGGUUGAUUACAUUCUGGAUCCAACUAAAUCAACACCAAUCCCCAUACAAUUCCAAUGAAAGUAUCCUGAAAUUACUCAAUCAAGUGGAACCUUUACUUCCUAAAACAUUAGAUAUUAUUACACAAUUAAAAUCAUCUAAAAUAUGUUUUACAAGAUUUUCUUUCAAUGAAUUCUUAAAUUGGUCAUAUAAAAAUAAUCUAUGCAAAGAACCAUCAUCAUCAACAUUGAAGUGGACUGAUUUACUUUAUUGGCGAUAUUUAUUUUGGUUAUCAGAAUAUUUAAUGAGUUCACUUAAAAAAUUAGAAUUAAUCGGUUAAAACAUUUUGCUACUUAUAAUUAGUAAGUAGUAUGAUUUUCAGUUGUAAAGUUUUGAAUGACUCUAGCGACAUUGCUUAAUUUAAUUCAUCUUGUAUUGAGAGUUAUCGUUAGUAUUGUUAACUUAUUUUGUAAUACUUAUGUAUUUUCUAUAAUUUCUUUUCACUGAUUUAAUUUUUUUCGAACAUAUACUACAGGUUUCAGUGUUUAUUCACCGUUUUAUUGUAACGAAUGCUUGGAAAGGUUCUUUUUUUCCAAUAUAUCUUACCGACAAAUUGAAAAAAGGUGUACUUUUU